AUGAAGCCAAAUCUUAACGAGUGCGCUAUACAAAAUUCAAUAAUUAUCCAGGAAAAAACUGUUACAACACCUACAAGUCCAGCAAUUAUAUCCAUAUCUCAAUCCAUUAAUCCUAAUGUUUCUAUAAAAGAUAAACAUAUAAAUACAAAGAGUAAUGAUUGUCAGUCUCUACAAAAUCACGUGGAUUUUAAUAGAGAUAAAAAGGUACCUUUUCCGUGUCUUUCGGAAUUGACUCAAGGAAAUGAUACGAAUGAUACAAAAGAUAAAUGGAAUAUGGAAGAGGUGCAUAUUACUUGUAACCCACUUUCAACACCGUAUCCAUAUUCCACGCCUCACCAUAACAUUAUGAGCGAAACUGUAACAGAACCGCUAGACGAUGAACCGAAAAGUCGAAGCUGCGGAAAUUUUUUACCAAUCUUAUCGUUGAUUCCACAAACAGUCAUCAGCUUCCAAUAUUUAAGCCCAAAAAUGAAAUUUUCGUGGUGGAGAAAUAAGAUCUCGUGAAGGUACGCUUAAGUACCAUUUAGCACAAUUGUUGCCGGUGGUUUUGUAGCGCAAUUGUUGCUAGUGGUCUUAUAGCACAAUUAAAUGCUGUUUGGACAAACUCUAUGAAAACCACUUACCUCGUAGUGAGUUCCCAAUCUUCAUCAAUUAGAGGUAUCCCGUCAUCGUUACACGUAUAUGUCAGUCAGCCUAUACCUCUUUGUAACUAUAAAUAGGAUCAUACUGAAAGAACGCAUGCAAAUAGAUUUUAAAAGUAGUUCCUUCACUCUAUGGAAACGUUUUGCACAAUGUACAACGACUUCGAAUCCUAGAAAUUUAGAAAUAUUGUCUAUAUUGUACAUUACGCUUCUAUUGGAUCCUCUAGUCCAUGAAGUUUUUCCUACAAUUUAUUAAUUUAUAAGUAGAAUAAAACAAGUAUUCUUCCGUGUGAAAAAUUCUCUUAUAACUUCCUCUACUUAUAUCGAUAUUACUUAUAGAAAAUUCAUUUUAGAAAAAUCAAGAAUAUGAAUCAUGCAACAGUAUGGAUCUAAUUUCAAAUGAGAUGCGUCAGUAGUGUUAUAGUUUCUUUAAAUUUAUUUUUGUUGUAAAUGAUUUUUAUUUGAAAAUUAAAGAUAUCUAUUUAAAGAAUAAAAUCUAUGUCAAAACUAUUUUCUAUGUAAAAAAAAAAAUUAUUUGCUUAAAUACAUUUCUUUUAUAAAAAUAUAAAUGUUAAAUGAGCAGCUCUUUUUAUAAUUUAAUAUGUUAUUUUUAAAACAAAAUUUAUUGAUCCAUACAAGCUUCUAAAAGUAUUAGAUAUUUGAAUGUCGUAUUACAUCAGAGUAUAAUACAAAUAUUCCAUGUGAAUAACUACUGUAUGUGAUAUUAUUAAAAAUAUGAAAAAUAAUACACCAGUUGGUGCUGUAAAAUGUUGAUAAUCUAGAUUAAUUCAAUUUCCUUACUAAAUUAAUUUAGAUCAUCUUGUGGAA